AAGUCUGCUCCCUUCUGCCCCGACUCACUCCGUACGUCCGACGAUAUGAAGGACAACAAAGUGGCCCAGGUCAGCGUCGCCGACUUUAUGCGGGAGUUCGUUCCAGGCCCAGACCUUCCCGACGGCUUCGUUGCUGAGCCGUUUCUACCUGCCAAUUUCCGGCGUCAGGAGGCCGCUAUGUACGGUGAACUGGUGAGUGGUGUUCAGUGGGUUAUUCAAGGUCCCGCCGACCAGAUGCUCGUGGCCAAGGACACGCAUCGUUGGUGCGACCCUCUAGACAAGUACGACUUCGAGGAUAAGUUGAGCCCGGACGUGAUCAUCUACCCCUCGCACGCUGAUGCUCGCCGGGCAUAUACUCUCGAGGACAUGUCUUCCUUUUCCGAUGAGGAGAGGAAACGACACGAGAACAAAGCGAGGACUUCUUGGCUAUGGGCGACACUGUACAUCGAGGCGAAGGCUGAUGAAAAAUAUACACCGUUCAGCAUCCCGGACUCGAUGCGGGAGCUGGAAGCGCAGAAGGAAGAAGAGACACAGAUGCAGAUGAGCCAUUACGUCUCGAAGGUCAUGCAACGACAAUUUCUGCUCCAUUUCUUCACAAUCUUCACCUGCCGCGACGUCGCGUGGCUGCUUCGUUGGGAUCGCGCCGGCCUCGUCGUCUCCGAGCCGUUCAACCUCGUGAACAACCCGCGGCCCUUGCACACCUUCCUGUAUCGUUUCGCUCGCAUGAGCGACACGGACCGUGGCCAUGAUCCCUCUGUGGUACCGGCAACCGAGGCAGAGGCUCAGCUCCUGCGCAGCUUCAACAAGUUCCCGCCGCCGGAAACCUGGUGCAGGGAAACAUUUGCCGGAACUUUGGUUGAUGGCUGGCCGAUCUCGAAGAUUCUUGUACCGGAAGACGACAUGAUUUCGAAGGCCGAGCUCAGGAGCGGCACGAAGGAGGAGCGGGGCGCAUCGGAAGCGUCGGGCAGACGGAUGCGCGAGUUCCUCGUCGGGAAACCUACGUUCAUGAACACAUCCGUGUACGGACGGGCGACAAGAUGCCACAUCGCGUACGACGUAGCUGAAGACCGGCUAGUGUUCUGCAAGGAAUGCUGGCGCACGGAUGCGCCGACGUCGCACCCGGAAGGGGAAGUGUAUCUGCGCCUACAUAGCAAGAACGUCAGCUACAUUGCAACGCCUGUCGCAGCCGGCGAUGUGCGCGGCAAGAAUGGUGCGCAUCGCACACGCACCCAGGAGUUCACCAAGGGGUCGGAUCCGAUGCUUGUUCACUAUCGCCUGAUAUUGGAGGAAAUCGCGCAACCUCUGAAAGAGUACCGGACGUCGUAUCAACUUGUGAUGGGUCUGUAUCAAUGUCUGCAGGCACACGAAGAAGCAUGGUCAGAGGGCAAAGUUAUUCAUCGAGACAUCAGCGCAGACAAUCUUCUGUUGUACUGGUACUUCGACGAGAACGGGCAACUCGUCUGUAAAGCAAUACUGGUCGAUUGGGGCCUCUGCAAGUAUGCAGACGAGAUGGAUCAGCCAAGCGUCAAAAGGACCCGUUCAGGUACCUGGCAGUUCAUCUCUGCCAUAUUGCUGAGAUGGCCGGGGAAAUUCGUACACCACAUCUGGAACGAUCUAGAGUCGUUCAUUCACGUCCUGCACUGGAUGUGCCUGCGGUUUCAAAUCACGAACAAAUCACUGGACCGCAACGAUCUUAUUGCCUAUGUCGAAGGACUCUACGAUCGUUCCACCAAAGACGAGGCAGGGGAUUCCAUUGGUGGCCACACAAAACUUCAACACUUGCAGGAUGGCACAGUGCCCUUUCAUCUGAUCGGAGGUUCUGCCGCUACCGACGCGCAACUUUCCCCUGGCCUCCAUAGCCUCCUAAGGGAGCUUGCGGACUUAUACAAGCAGCACUACAAGUGGUUGGACCCGCAACUACCCGAGUCGGCACAGGCCGAUCGGCAGAAACGUGAGUCGCAGAAAGUUGUGCCGCCCGGAGGACAAGAGUGGCAUAUGUCCUCUGCGCCUCGAAAGUCGCGAACGCGCGCACGGUCGAACUUGAAGAAGCCCACGGCAGAAGAUAAGCCUCCUGAACCCGCCCUCAGCACGCACACAGCAAUCAUGGAGCUUUUCGACGAAAUGCUGGAAACACGAGCAAUGUGGGUCGACGACGCAAAGGUCGCCGACCAGUUCGCCUGCGACAACAACUUCCUCGAGCAACAGCAGAGGCAGUCGAGGGAAGCCUCUCGGCGGUCUUCUGAGAUGGAGUCGCUCGCGGAAGAGAAGCCGCAUAAACGCGUCAGAAACAGUACCAACGCGGCCAUCACGUCAGGCACGUCUGGGUCUCAGCUGAAUUCGAUAUCCGAGCAUGUCUAG